AUGUUCCAACAAAUGCCACCGCAUCAGCAGAUGCAUCCGCACAAUCAGCCGCCAGUUAACGCCCCCCCGCAAAUGUAUCGGGAAAACCGUCACGACUAUUCCACGUACAACUCUUUCCAGCCUCCUACGCCCAACAUGCCGAGGCAGCAUGACCCGCAAGAGCAAGCGGUGCUGGCUUCGCUGCAGUAUCCGGCCUGGGAGCGCUACGAGAACGGGCAGGCCUACAACUGCGCGGAGCACAUUAACGGAGACCCAAACAAUGGGCAGUACAUGCCCCAGCACUACUACGGCCCGAGCCACGGCCCACUCUUAGGUCCGGACGAAAUGCCGUGUCCCGGCCCGGGCCAGCUCCCCCAAGGCCCCCACCAAGCUGGAGGCAUGGGCGGCCCGAACAACAACAUGAUGCACUCGGGCCACCGAUCCCACACGCAGCAACCCUACCACUCGCAGCACCACUACCACCAUCAGCAGGGGCGAGGCCCCAUGCCCCCGCACAUGUGGCAGCCUUCUUACCACAACACGCGCCCACAAGCUGGGCAUCCCUAUCGUAAAGGGCAGCAGCACCAGUGGCAGCGGCUGCCGCAUGGACAGCACCACCAGUACGGCCGCCACCACUACGGGGGUCAGCAGCAAAGAGGCAACAAGCAUGGAGGGCGCGCAGCAAACAGAAAGGCUUUUCAGUUCGACGGCACUACCCCUGCGUUCGUUCCACAGUUCCAGUCGAAUCGCCAGCUCGAGCUUCAAAUUCUGUCCCAGGCAAGCGCCGAUGCAAAUUCAAAUUCACCCAACACACGCGUCAACAACGACUCCCCAGAAAGAAGACCUGCCCUGGAUGUGGUGGCCCGACGCCGCCAACACAGAAAGGUAUCUUCAGAAGCACAAGGACGGCGAAGGCCGGGUCUUCUUCCGGCUCAAAGACACGCCGCCCAGCCAACGGAAGAAAGUUCUCGACGAAAUAGACAUUUGGGUGGAUGUUGGCACAGUGCCCUCCCUUGUGGGGGAUAG